AAGAAAAUGCCAACUAAUAAUUUGUCCUCAAUUAUAGACAAGUCUAAUCUAAUAAUAAUACGCAAUAAUAGAUGAUGUUAUCACUUUCCUCGCUUCUUUGUACUUGUGUUACAUUUCCACACUCCCUUCUCAUCUCAUUCUAAUUCUAACAAAACAACACCAUGGCCCAAGAACGCGGGAGUGAAAACCCAGAUCAACCAUCACUCCCAACCCGACCCGUCGGCGGCACCGAAUACGGCUGGUGCAAAGCCGUUCCCGGCGGCACCGGUUCCACCGUCCUAAGUCUCCUUCUAUCUAAACCUCCACAAAUCCCUCAUCUCCAAAACGCCCUCCACAAACUCCAAAUUUCCCAUCCAAUCCUCCGUUCAAAGAUCCAUUUCGACACAACCACCAACACUUUCCAAUUCGUAACUCCUCCAAAUCCUCGCGUUCAAAUCCAACCCUUCGAUCUUCAAUCAACUUCCCAAAUCCUCCAAACACAAGCUAACGAUCAUGAUUCAAUCGAUCCUUUCCAUGCUUUACUCGAACACGAGAUGAACCGUGACACGUGGCGAGAUCCUAAUGAUGUAGAUGUUAUGUAUGCUAGUACGUAUACGAUUGAUGAGAAACGGUUUGCGGUGUUUUUGCGGUUGCAUACGUCGGUUUGUGACCGUGCUGCGGCGGUUGCGUUGUUGAAGGAAUUGUUGAGGCUUGUUGCUGGAAGAGGUGGUGAAGAUGGUGGUGGAGGUGAAGUUAAGGGUGGUGAGAAGGUGAAUCUUGCAAUUGAGGAUCUGAUUCCUGAAGGGAAGAAGAAUAAACCGUUUUGGGCGCGUGGGUUUGACGUGCUUGGUUACUCGCUUAAUGCGUUUAGGUUUUCGAAUUUGAGUUUUGUGAAUGCUGAUCCUCCUCGAAGCUCUAGGAUUGUGAGGUUGCAACUGAAUGCUGAUGAAACCAAGCGGCUUCUAGAUGGGUGCAAAUCAAGAGGAAUUAAACUUUGUGCGGCACUUGCAGCAGCUGUAAUGCUUGCGACAUGGAUCUCUAAGCGCCUUCCUGAUUAUCAAACCGAAAAAUAUGCUGUAGUAACACUCAUGGAUUGUCGCCGACUUCUCGAUCCAGUACUUCCCAGCAGCCAUUGUGGAUUUUACCAUUCUGCCAUUUUAAACACUCAUGAUGUGUCCGGAGAAUCCUUAUGGGAGUUGGCAAAGAGAAGCUAUGCAUCUUUUGAAAAUGCUGUAAAUUACAACAAGCAUUUCUCAGAUAUGUCUGACCUGAACUUCCUCAUGUGCAAGGCCAUUGAUAACCCUGGUUUGACACCAUCGUCAUCCCUUAGAACUGCAUUGGUCUCUGUUUUUGAAGACCUUGUCAUUGACGAGUCAACUGAAAUGCAUGAAGAACUUGGAUUGGAAGACUAUUUGGGUUGCGCUUCCGCACAUGGUGUUGGCCCAUCCUUAGCCAUGUUUGAUGCCAUACGGAAUGGAAAGUUAGAUUGUGCUUGUAUAUAUCCUUCACCCCUUCAUUCAAGAGAGCAGAUUCAAGGACUAGUUGAUCAUAUGAAGAGAAUACUUGUGGAUGGUUGUAACAGUGAAAAUCAAUAAGUUGAUCAAUAAUUUAACUAUGAGCAUGUGGUGAAAAUUUCAUUGACCAAUUCAUAAGCUUUGUUGCCUCUUCAUUUUCAGUUUGUGGUAAUUACCUUCUCCGGAUAUGCAGAUUAUUUCUCUGCUCUGAAAUGGUCUCAAGAAAUGAGAGGUUUAUUGAUUUAUUUCAGGCUGAAACUUCAACAAUUAUGAUUGACUCAAGUUACUAUAAUGCUCUCACACACACUUGCAUACUUAUCACUUAGGGUAUGUUUUGGAGUUGGAUUUUGGAAGGUAGGACUUUGGAGGGAUAAGUCUAUAUUUCAAAACAAAUUUUCUUUGAAUAAUAAGCCACUUAUGCAAUUAUUUUUAAUUUGCAAAAUCCAUUGUGAAUGUAUAGAAUCCAUUGUACUGAUGUAAACCACCAAACAGGCCAAUCUAGAAGGUCUUUGUCAUUAUUACUACUUAUAUAAGGAAACAUGAACAAGUCCUUUUCCAUGUUA